GGCGCGGGCCGGCUGGGCGGCGGGGCCUGCUGCGUGCGCGGGGACGCCCAGGGCCGAGAUGGCGGCGCCCGGGUUGCUGCUGUGCGCGGCCGCCGCCGCGCUGCUCCUGCUCCGCCUGCCGCUGCGCGCCCGCGCCGACGAGCACGAGCACACGUACCAAGAUAAAGAAGAAGUUGUUCUAUGGAUGAAUACAGUAGGACCUUACCACAAUCGCCAAGAGACAUACAAAUACUUCUCUCUUCCUUUCUGUGUGGGAUCAAAAAAAAGUAUCAGCCAUUACCAUGAAACUCUAGGAGAAGCGCUUCAAGGAGUUGAAUUGGAAUUUAGUGGUCUUGACAUAAAAUUUAAAGAGGAUGUAAUGCAGACCACUUACUGUGAAAUCGACUUGGACAAAGGAAGAAGAGACGCGUUUGUGUAUGCUAUAAAAAAUCACUAUUGGUACCAGAUGUAUAUUGAUGACUUGCCAAUAUGGGGUAUUGUUGGAGAAGCAGAUGAAAAUGGGGAAGAUUAUUAUCUUUGGACUUACAAAAAACUUGAAAUUGGUUACAACGGAAAUAGAAUUGUGGAUGUGAAUUUGACCAGUGAAGGAAAGGUGAAAUUGGUACCAAAUACAAAAAUCCAGAUGUCAUAUUCAGUGAAAUGGAAAAAGUCAGAUGUGAAGUUUGAAGACCGAUUUGACAAGUACCUUGACCCGUCAUUCUUUCAGCACAGAAUUCACUGGUUUUCAAUUUUCAAUUCUUUCAUGAUGGUGAUCUUUCUGGUUGGCCUAGUGUCUAUGAUAUUAAUGAGAACUUUGAGAAAAGAUUAUGCAAGAUACAGUAAAGAGGAAGAAAUGGAUGAUAUGGACAGAGAUCUAGGUGAUGAGUACGGGUGGAAGCAGGUCCAUGGAGAUGUUUUUAGACCAUCCAGUCAUCCUUUAAUAUUUUCAUCGCUUAUUGGUUCUGGUUGUCAAAUUUUUGCUGUGUCUCUCAUAGUCAUUGUUGUUGCGAUGAUAGAGGAUUUAUACACAGAGAGAGGAUCAAUGCUUAGUACAGCUAUAUUUGUUUAUGCUGCAACAUCCCCAGUGAAUGGAUAUUUUGGAGGAAGCCUUUAUGCUAGACAAGGAGGAAGGCGAUGGAUAAAGCAGAUGUUCAUUGGGGCUUUCCUUAUUCCAGCAAUGGUGUGUGGCACUGCCUUCUUCAUUAACUUCAUUGCCAUCUAUUAUCACGCUUCAAGAGCUAUACCCUUUGGAACAAUGGUGGCAGUGUGCUGUAUUUGCUUCUUUGUUAUUCUUCCAUUGAAUCUGGUUGGCACGAUUCUUGGCCGAAAUCUGUCAGGGCAGCCUAAUUUUCCAUGUCGUGUCAAUGCAGUUCCUCGCCCCAUACCGGAGAAAAAAUGGUUCAUGGAACCAGCUGUUAUUGUUUGCCUAGGUGGCAUCCUCCCCUUUGGAUCAAUUUUUAUUGAGAUGUAUUUCAUUUUUACUUCAUUCUGGGCUUACAAGAUCUACUAUGUUUAUGGCUUUAUGAUGUUGGUUCUGGUUAUCCUCUGCAUUGUGACAGUUUGCGUGACUAUCGUUUGUACAUAUUUCCUGCUAAAUGCAGAGGAUUACAGGUGGCAAUGGACAAGCUUUCUUUCUGCUGCGUCAACUGCGAUAUAUGUUUACAUGUACUCCUUUUACUACUACUUUUUCAAGACAAAGAUGUAUGGCUUGUUUCAAACAUCAUUUUACUUUGGUUAUAUGGCAGUAUUUAGUACAGCUUUGGGGAUUAUGUGUGGAGCUAUUGGUUACAUGGGAACAAGUGCCUUUGUUCGUAAAAUCUACACUAAUGUGAAAAUUGACUAAGAAAAUAAGAAAAUUGAACUAUGGAUCAGUUCCUGUUUUCAUGGGGAUGAACUUGCACAGCAAAAAGCGCGAGAAGAGAUCUGGGUUUUGGCACUGGGCACUAUAUGGGUCUCCGUUUUGUGGAUGGCUUAAAGUAACAUCUAUUUCAUUGAUCCUAGGUUCUUACUGACUGCUUUCUCCAACUGUUCACAGCAAAUGCUUGGAUUAUAUGCAGUAGGCAUUACUACAGUACGUGGCUAAUCUUCCCCCCCAAAAAAAGCUCAUUAAAGAUGAAUAGACUAGCUCUCUUCAGUGAAGAGGACAAACGGUUUAUUUAAAGCAUUUGUUCCAUUCAAUAUAAAGAGGGAAAUUUGGCUGCUAAAACUGCUUGAUUAGUAGUCUUUCUGGUACUUAACAUUUCUAAAUUAUGUAAAAAUGCUGUUCCAGAAAGAUUACUUUUCUGAUUUUUACUGCCAUUGUCAGGAUAAGGAGGUAUGUUUUGUAUUUUGAUUCCAGGUGCUUUUUGGUUUAUUUGCAAUAUCAACUAUACCCUACACUCAUUUGUUUAAAAAAGUAAUUUAAAAAUAUAUAAAAAAACCCACAUGCAUGUAAUAUAUAAGCUGUCAUUCUAGUUGGACCAACUUCCCUAUAUUUAUCUUUAAAAUAAUCCAGCUACAUCUUAAAUCCAUCCAAAGAAAAUACAGUCUGAAACGGGAUGUGUUCUCUGCAAUGCAAUUUACUGUACAGUUAGAAAGCAAAAUGUUAAAUGAAGAGGACUUGUGUUUUUAAUAAACAUUGAGGUCUAGAUUAAAACAAAACAAACGUUUUAAUUGAAUGUCUAAAGUGAUUCUCUUUUUUUCCAAGUUAGUCUUGCCUUUUUUUUUUCCUUUUUUUUUUUUUUGGUUUGGGUUUGAAUGAAGAUUUUCCUUUAGACAUUAUACAGGGGUAAUAAAUGUAUAUAACAUUAAAUAAUGUAACUUAGGUGUAGAUCCCAAAUGUAUUUGGAUGUACAGAUUUACUACAGAGUACUUUUCUGAUGAUUCGGUGUACAAAUGUGUGAACUGGGUGGCUUUUUACAUCUUGCCUGCCAUUGCAUGAAAAAUUGGAAUUUCUUCACAAUGUGUGUAUGUCAUGCUCUUCUGUUCUAUUUCUUUUCUGAAGCUCUUACAGGAAUUAAAUUUGUAACUUAGAACAUUUUAAUUUUUGUUAAUCCUAUCUGGACACUUAUGUAACAUCAAAAGCAAUUGCUUUAGAGUGUUCAGAAAACUAAAAUAAACUUUUCGGACAAAAAUGUUCUGAUUGUGAAAAUAGAUGAGUUUGCAGUUGAAAACGUCUGUUUAAAAAGGCAAUACUAAUGAAUUCCAAUUUUUGUAUACGGUAUUAGUAUGCUUCCAAAUAUCAGAACCCCACACAAAUCAGUUUGCUUACACCUGUAUUGUACAGUACAGCUCCAAAGUGGAUGACUGUCCCAAAAAAAGGUUACUCUUGGUUGAACUGUUAGUGGAGAAAUCUUCUUGAUCAAGCUAGUAUACUGGAAAAAAAUGGAGGUAAGCACAGACUAAAAUAAAUGGCCAAAUAAAAGUUAAGUCUUUCUAAGACAGAUGAGUGUUAAUUAUGCACUGUACUUAGCUGGAAAGAUUCUAAAUGUGUUUCUGUGACAGAUUUAAGAUCCAGUCAGCUUGAGAUUUUUUUGGCAUCUGCCAUAUAUGGAUGCUUUCAUCAGUGUGGCUGUUUGAAAUAGAGCCCUGCCCCAGAAAAUACAACUUGCUCAAUUUAAGAAAAGAACAAAGAAUUUGUACUGGUUAGCACUGUACUGCAUCUGUGUAAGAAGUACUGAUAAUGCAGUGGCUAAGAUGUAAAUUAGUUAUGCUUCUUGGGGGCUGGGGAAGAAUAAGGUUAGAGGUAAUAUUGAGAAGCAAUGCAUGCUGUAUACGACUUGUAAAAAAAUAUUUGAGCCUUCACCUGUGAUUUUUUUUCUUGGCUAAUUCUAACCAAUCUGUCAGAAGAGAAUUAAUUUUUGCUUCAAGUGGGUGGUUGGUGUCUGUGGCUGAAUGCUCUGCCAUUUGAGAGGCGAUAACUCUUACAGUACAGGCUGUAUUAAGAAAGGCUCAUAAAUUGGGUCAACAGUUAGUUUUCCUUUGUUUCAAAGCAUGGAAACUUGGAGAAUGAGUUUUGUACUUGUUCUCGCUAGUGCACACAGCUGUAGGAAGCCCUCUUUUCAUCCAUGUUCUUCUAAAUCUGAAGUGAGAAGCCAUUAUCUCCACACAAUAAAUACAUUAAGUACUCCUCUGAGAUACAAGUUUUUUAAAAGGAAUAUUUUGAUAAUGGAUUUGUUUCUCUAAAUAGAGCACUACUAUGUGAUUAGUCUAUCAGAAAUGUCACUAAACCAUUUGUGAAUUUCAUUUAAUCACUUUUUAAUGCUAUGGAAUGGUGGGCUGCCUACUUGCUUUCGCUGUCCUCUGGCAUUAUUAGCUUUUGCAUAUCCAGGUAGAAUUAUGUAGCUUUUAAAGUGACAUUGAAAAGAUACUUAAAGCACAGCCAUUACUUUUGUUUUUGCAAGGACGUUCCUCUGGAGAAGUACUGUGUGUUUAAAUAAUUGACAUUUUUUUAUACUUCUACCCUAGCACAUGAAUAAGCUGGAGUUUUGCUUUGUUUUUCCCCUUCCUGUCAGCUUUGAAGGAGUGCAAAAUGUGACCAGUUUUGAACAGCUUUUCCUUAUGGUUGCCAUUUGAGGCAAGGCUAUUUAUUUGCCCCCCCCAAAAAUGUGGAUAUAUUUUGAACCAUCUUGCUCUAAAAGAAUUUGGAAGCUCUCUGCUUAGAUGAUGUAGUCCUUCCUCUUUUAUGGAAGAAUUAAAGAUCUUACAGCCAA